GACAAGGAUGAAGAUAGUCUUGUCUCCAAACAGUCCUCGAAAUAAGCUUUGACGGGAAAUUGAAUAACGGCCACAUGAAGAUUUACCAAAGCCGGAGAAGAAGAAUAUGGCGGUGGCGUCUCUAAUGGCUGCAAUGAGUGAGGAUCCAAUUCGUGAAUGGAUUCUUACACAAGGAAAAGCGACUCAGAUAACAAAGAUUGGUUCUGUUGGUGGUGGAUGCAUUAAUCUUGCAAGCCAUUAUCACACUGAUGCUGGUUCUUUCUUCGUUAAAACUAACAGGAGUAUUGGACCUGCCAUGUUUGAGGGAGAGGCUCUUGGUCUUGAGGCUAUGUAUGAAACCAAAACAAUCCGUGUGCCAAAGCCACACAAAGUUGGGGAAUUGCCAACAGGUGGAUCUUAUAUCAUCAUGGAAUUUAUAGAUUUUGGGGGAUCAAGAGGCAACCAGGCUGAAUUAGGAAGGAAGCUAGCUGAGAUGCAUAAAGCCGGGAAAUCUUCGAAAGGCUUCGGGUUUGAGGUUGACAACACUAUUGGCAGUACCCCGCAGAUCAAUACUUGGUCAUCGGAUUGGAUUGAAUUUUAUGGUGAGAAGAGAUUGGGUUACCAGCUUAAGUUAGCUAGGGAUCAGUAUGGUGACUCUGCAAUUUAUCAGAAAGGUCAUACACUGAUACAGAACAUGGCCUCUCUAUUUGAGAAUGUUGUCAUAGAACCGUGUUUGUUACAUGGUGAUCUCUGGAGCGGGAAUAUCGCAUACGACACGAACAGUGAACCUGUCAUUCUUGAUCCUGCCUGUUACUAUGGGCAUAACGAGGCGGAUUUUGGAAUGUCGUGGUGCGCAGGAUUUGGAGAAUCUUUCUACAAUGCCUAUUUCAAGGUAAUGCCAAAACAACCGGGAUAUGAGAAGAGAAGGGAUCUGUAUUUGCUCUAUCAUUACUUGAAUCAUUAUAACCUGUUUGGCUCGGGCUAUCGAUCAUCUGCAAUGUCGAUCAUUGAUGGUUAUCUACGGAUGCUCAAAGCUUAAGAUGAGGAGGGAAGCUGCUGCUUAUAGGCUUUCUUUAGCAGGUGUAUAUGCUUGUUUG